AUGCCCUAUGGAAAGUUGCAUGUCCUACCACUGAGCCUAUUUAUUCUGAUCCCGGUGACAUUUUUGAUUACGUACACCAUAUCGGUGCAUUGGGACCAUGUGCUACCAGGAUUCCCCUACAUAUCGGAAACAGGCACCCUGUCACCGGAAUCAUGUAUAUUCGCUCAAUUUCUGAAUAUAGCAGCGUUGCUCCUCGCCUGUUGCGUGUAUAUCAGACACCGACAAGUUUCUCAAUGGCGAUUGGAAAGGGGCAAAAAUCUCGUUAGCAAGAAAAUCGUUGUUGUGGCGGCCUGGUGUGGUGCCCUAGCUUGUUUCGGACUCGAUAUUCUGGCCAAUUUUCAAGAAGCUCGGGUUGUCGCGGCUCACAUGAUCGGAGCUAUGACCUGCUUUACUGCUGGAACCUUUUACUUCUGUCUUCAAACAUACAUAAGUCACAAAAUGGUGCCGGCAGUGAACGGCAGAAUUGUCGUGUACGUUCGUGUAAGCCUAUCAAUUUUAACCUUAAUUUUAACAAUUAUCACGAUCGUGCCUGGCUACAUUUCAAUGCUGCAAUUUCAAGGCAACGACUACAAAAAAUGGCUGCCAACGGACGGUGGCUGGGGUUGGCACGUUACUAGCGCAGUUUCCGAAUGGGUUUUAGCGAUUGUAUACUGUGCUUUUCUUCUCACGUUUGUUCCUGAGUUUCGAUUAAUUAAUUUCGAGGAUCCUGUGGUCACGCUGAUAUACUUGGAUAAGGAACCAGGAAUCAAAAUAACCCACAAAUUAGAUUUACAGGCCCAGGAAUGA